AUGAGCUUUUCAUUAUCCAAUGUAUUCUUUGUUCUGGCCACCAUAUUAACGAUUUUAGUUGCUCUCUCGUAUUAUGGAAUUACUAUUUUGAAACGAAUUCUUGCGCAGAAUGCAAAAGUUAAUAGAAAUACAAUAUUAUCAACGCUUCGACCAAAUGCAGAAGAAAAUCCUGUCUUAAUAAUAGGCUUUUUUCAUCCGUAUUGUAAUGCUGGUGGAGGAGGCGAAAGGGUUCUAUGGACUAUUAUUCGUAUUAUACAAGAGACGUAUCCGCAUGUCGUCUGUGCUAUAUAUACAGGGGAUGUUGAUGUAAAGAAAGAAGACAUAUUACAAAAAGUCAAGGCGCGCUUUAAUAUAGUGCUCAACCAGGAUACAUUGACAUUCGUACAUCUGAAGAAGAGAAGCUUAGUUGAGGAUAAACGAUAUCCUCGGUUUACUUUGCUUGGACAAAGUCUCGGUUCCAUUUUUCUCGGAUGGGAGGCUUUAAAUAAGCUUGUUCCAGAUAUGUUUUUUGAUACCAUGGGAUACGCAUUUACAUAUCCCUUGGUGAAGUAUCUAACAAGUUGUAAAGUCGCCGCAUAUGUUCAUUACCCUACUAUCAGCUCAGAUAUGCUGAAUAAAGUCCAUGAAAGAAGAUCGGGCUUCAACAAUAAUGAGGCAAUUGCCAAUAGUUUUCUAUACAGCGAUUUAAAACUAAUGCUAUAUUCAUUAGCUGGAACUUUCGCUGAUGUGAUUAUGGUAAAUUCUAGUUGGACUAAAGGUCAUAUCGAUAAUCUGUGGAGCACGAGUAGCAAGGUUGUAUUUCCUCCCUGUGAUACUACUGCAUUCUCAAGACUACCAAUAGAAGACAGAGCAAACAUUAUUGUCAGCGUGGCUCAAUUUAGGCCAGAAAAAGACCAUCAACUGCAAUUAAAAGCGCUUCAAAAGUUCUUGCAGAAAUAUGCAGAGUUUCGGACAGGACCUGCAGCAGUCACGCUUGUACUUAUUGGCAGCUCAAGAAAUGAAUCAGAUGAAUUGCGUGUAAAGCAAUUGAAAGAACAAUGCAAAAAAUUGAACAUCGAAAACAAUGUCAUUUUUGAAACAAAUGCACCCUUUGCGAAACUCAUCGACUGGAUGUCAAAAGCAAAAGUGGGAAUUCAUACAAUGUGGAAUGAACAUUUUGGAAUAGGAAUCGUUGAAUAUAUGGCAGGAGGAGUAAUUCCGCUUGCACAUAACUCGGGGGGUCCGAAAAUGGAUAUCGUUGUAUCAUACAAGGGCAAUAAGACAGGAUUCUUGGCGAACGAUGACGAAUCUUAUGCAUCAGCACUACAUACAAUAUUCACUAUGUCUGCCCUUCAACUGCAGAACAUCCAGAUUAAUGCACGCCAGCUCGCCAUGGAAAAAUUUUCAGAAAAUGUAUUCAAAGAGUCUAUGCUAGAUGUCCUAGAAUCAAUUCUAUCAGAAUCUCGGGAUUUUUGA